AUGGCUUCUCCAAGGUUAGAAACCUACUGCUGCCCAAACCGGGAUGCAGCUACACAGCUGGUGAUGAACUUCCAGCCUGAAGUCUUCUGUGGAGUCUGCAUUGGCAGUGCCUCCAUCAGCCUGCUAUUGACCAUCCUGCAGCUUCUGCCAAAGAAGGGACAAAGCCCACGGAAGUUGCCCAAAGCCUCCUCCUCCUCCACCAUCCUUCUCUUUAUCUCUAUUUGUGACAUCCUUGGAGGCUUAGGUAUGAUCUUCAGGUCAAGUGUAUGGCUGGGCUUCCCUGCCUUCAUAGCUAACAUUUCUGUGGUGAAUGGGACUGACGUGUGGCCUUCCACUUUCUGUGUGGGGAGCGCGAUGUGGAUCCAGUUGUUAUAUAGUGCUGGCUUCUGGUGGUUGUUUUGCUAUGCUGUUGAUUCUUACUUGGUGGUGAGAAGAUCAGCUGGACUGAGUACGAUUGUGCUGUACCACAUGAUGACGUGGGGCCUUGCAGUGAUGCUCUGUGUGGAGGGGAUUGCUCUGCUUUACUACCCCUCUCUCUCCAGUUGUGAAAAUGGCUUGGAACAUGCAAUCCCACAUUACAUCACAACCUAUGCCCCACUCCUGCUAGUGCUUGUGGCCAACCCAAUCCUGUUUAGAAGGACAGUAUCAGCAGUUGCCUCUUUACUGAAAGGGAGACAAGGAAUUUACACAGAGAAUGAAAGACGUCUGGGGACAGAGAUCCAGAUGCGCUUCUUCAAAAUUAUGCUGGUAUUCGUUAUUUGCUGGUCAUCCAAUAUUAUCAACGAGACCCUUUUGUUCUAUCUUGAAAUGCAGCCAGAUAUCAAUGAAAUGCCUCUGAAAAACAUCAGAAGUGCUGCACUGAUCACCUGGAUUAUAAUGGGGGUUCUUAAUCCCAUGCAGGGCUUUCUCUUCACAUUAGCUUUCUAUGGCUGGACAGGAUGGAGAGUGGACCUGAAAUGGCGAAAAAGAGAAAUACCCUGGGAAUCUAUGUCCUCAUCAACUGUGGGGGAAAAUGCCUAUCCCUCACCAGUGAACUACCAAAGCAGCAUCCAUGAUUCCAAGAAGAUCUCAACGACUGACAGCCAGCAGACUGAUGAGGCCAUAUGCAUGUUGUCUGAAGGUAACACCAGCAGUGAUGAAAGAUUAACCAGAAGCUCUCCCAUCUACCAGGGCUGGUAG